AAAAAGAAAAAAUAAACAAAGAUUUAUUAAGAUAUUUAUUUGAUAAAAUAAAACAAAACUGAAGUAUUCAGUUCCAAGUUCCUAAACCUUCACGUGCCUCUUCUUCUUCUUCCUUCAUAUCACUGUCCACUUCGACAAAAGUUCAGUCAACAGAUUUAGAAUCAGAUCUCUUUUACAUGUCUCAACCACUGCCUUCUUCUUCUUCAUGGCUGCGCUUUUCUCUACUUAUCUUCGUUCUCACCAUUGUUAAACCUUCCUCUGCAUCUACUUCAUGUUCCUCUUCAAUUCAUUGCCCACCGUUUAACUCCUCACCACCGUACCCGUUCUCCACUUCACCAGGAUGUGGCCACCCUAACUUCCAGAUCCAAUGCUCUGCUCCACGCUCCACCAUCACAAUCAAAAACCUCACUUUCUCUAUCCUCCAUUACUCAUUUCUCUCUUCUUCUUUAACCCUCUCUCCCAUUGCAAACUCUAACCGGAACAACAACAAUAACAGCUGUUCUGCUCUACGGUUCUCCUCCUCUCCAAACCGGUUCAUCGACCUAACCGGUUCACCAUUCAGAGUCUCGGACUCUUCUUGCUCUCGUCUCUCACUGCUCCGUCCCUGCUCUCCUUUGACUCUCCCUAACUGUUCUCGUUGUCCUUGGGACUGUAAACUCUUGAAGAAUCCGGGUCGGAUCCUCCACGGUUGCGAAUCAACUCACGGGUCGUUAUCUGAACAAGGCUGCCAAGGAGAUCUUCUUGGCUUUCUCCAAGAUUUCUUCAACAGAUUCGGAUUUGAAGUUGAAUGGGACGAAUCUCAAGAUCCAUACUUUGUUAAAUGCAGAGAUUGUCAAAUCAAGAACGGUGUUUGCGGGUUUAAUUCGACCCACCCGAAUCAAGAAUUCCUCUGUUUCCCCAACAACAAAUCAAGAUCCGAAUUAAUAACUAAAAGAGUCCAUCACAUCGCCGUGUUGUCUCUUAUCUUCGCUCUGACUUGUCUUCUACUUGCUAUCUCCGUCGCCGUAGCUAUUUUCCGAUCACGGAGAGCGAGUUUUUUGUCAUCAGUCAACGAAGAAGACCCAGCUGCUCUGUUCCUCCGCCGUCACCGCUCCGCCGCUCUUCUCCCACCGGUCUUCACCUUCGAAGAGCUCGAAUCCGCCACCAACAAGUUCGACCCCAAGCGCAAAAUCGGCGACGGUGGUUUCGGUUCUGUUUACUUAGGCCAACUCAGCGACGGACAACUCCUCGCCGUUAAGUUCCUCCACCAUCACCACGGCGCAACCGCCGCAGCCACCGAGCAUUGCAAAGCGUUCUCAAUGAAGUCAUUCUGCAAUGAGAUCUUGAUCCUCUCUUCAAUCAACCACCCUAACCUCGUUAAGCUCCAUGGCUAUUGCUCUGACCCGAGAGGCCUUCUUCUUGUUCACGAUUACGUCACUAACGGCACUCUCGCCGAUCAUCUCCAUGGCCGGAGAUCAAAGAUGACGUGGCGUGUAAGAUUAGACAUUGCUUUACAAACAGCUUUAGCUAUGGAGUAUCUUCACUUCGCCAUUGUUCCAUCGGUUGUUCAUAGAGACAUAACUUCGUCUAAUAUCUUCGUUGAGAAGGAUAUGAAGAUCAAAGUUGGAGACUUUGGUCUCUCUAGGCUCUUGGUGUUCUCGGAGACGACGGUGAAUUCAGCUUCUUCGUCUGAUUACGUCUGUACCGGACCACAGGGUACGCCCGGUUAUUUAGACCCAGAUUAUCACCGGUCUUUUCGGUUAACGGAGAAGAGUGACGUGUACAGCUACGGUGUCGUUUUGAUGGAGUUGAUUACGGGGAUGAAAGCAGUUGACCAACGGCGUGAGAAGAGAGAUAUGGCUUUGGCGGAUCUUGUUGUAUCCAAGAUUCAAAUGGGUCUUUUGGAUCAGGUGAUUGACCCGGUGCUUGCUUUAGACGGCGAUGAUGUGGCGGCGGUGACUGACGGGUUUGGUGUUGCGGCGGUUGCUGAGUUGGCGUUCCGGUGUGUUGCGGCGGAUAAGGAUGAUCGUCCUGACGCUAAGGAGAUUGUUGAGGAGCUGAGGAGGAUUAGGAGCCAUACACGUGCGGCGGAAGAUGGUGACGUGGCGAAAGAUUGACUGUUGGAUUAGAUUACGGAUGACGUAAUGUGAAUGUGAUGUAAGUAAAAGUGUUGGUUGACUGGUCUUAAUGUGUACGUGUUGAAUUUUGUCGGGAAUUGCAAACCUUCUAUCCCGACUAGAAGGAGCUCUCACAUGUGUUUGUGUGUGUGACGUAAACCUAGUACACACACAUCAUUUACUCGAAGUUCGUAUUUUAUGUUUGUAGAUUUUGUGUAUGUGAAAAUAGACUAGA